ACAGUAGCCAUCGCAAGCUUCACUCGUCAAAGACCGAUUCGCGAUAGACAUUCCGCGGCAAUCAGGCAGCGCUUGCCUAAGUAGGAGUGAAAGGGCGCGGGGUUCGUGUCGGAUGACGUAUCGCCGUUCUGGAUCUCAGCAGCGUUCAAACAACAGUGCGAGAUUCCUGUAAACGUGCCUUAUGCGUGAUCGAUGCCAUCUAAUUAACGCGUGGUAAGCUACGAACAUUAACUGUUUCCUACGUAAGUUACGCUACAGCGUGUGCCGAAUAGUAAAUGCGAAAACCUUCGAUCUGCAGCUAAGAAGUAGAAACGUUUAUCCCCCCAACUAAACUGUUCCCUGCAGAGUUGCUGGUCAGGCACAUCACUGCAUCCAGUUGGUGACUAACGAAUGCAGACACUGCCCCAGAAUGUGGCUCUGGUACAGUCUUGUGCUGCUCGUAGUGGCUGCUGCCUUGUUACUUCUGUACCUGUACUUCGUCAACCAGCACUGGAGGAAACUCGGGAUCCCGCACCCCAAGCCGGAACUCUUCUUCGGAAACACACGCCGCUUUUUUCUACUCAAGGAAUGCCUGCCAGAGGCACUGGACAGGGUCUACCACCAGCUGGAGGGGCUGCCGUUUGGAGGGUUCUACCUCAUGAUGACGCCGUGUCUUGUCGUGAGGGAUCUCGGACUCAUCAACAGAAUAUUUGUUGGGGACUUUGGACAUUUCCAUGACAGGAUGAACUUCCCACAUUUCAAGAGGGACCCCAUGACGCACCACCUGUUCACGAUGGGCGGCUCCCUGUGGAAGGAGAUGCGUCUGCGAAUGUCGCAGGUGUUCUCCGUGGGCCACACGCGCCGCGUCUUCUUCCUGGUGCAGGAGUGCUGCUCGCGCCUCCAGAAGUCCGUGGAUGCGGCCGUCCGGCGUCAGCCUGGCUGCGAGGUGGAGCUCAAACAGCUGCUGUCCACGUUCACCACUGACGUCAUCGGCGUGUGCGCCUUCGGUAUCGAGUGCGGUGCCAUUGAUGACGUCAACUCGCAGUUUCGUCGUAUCAGUAGCAUGGUUUUUGACACAUCGACCCCAGCUGCAUUUCGGCAAGUCGUCGCACAAACAUUACCAACUGUUGCACUGCUCCCCGGAAUGAGUUUCUUUUCCAGUCACGUAAAGGAAUUUUUCGACAGAAUUGCAACAGAAACCUACCAGUACAGAGAAAAACAUAAUGUUCUUCGCGAUGACUUGGUGCACUUGUUGAUGACGCUGAGACAAGAAGGGAAGCUAACUACAGAGGAAGGGGAAUGUGUAGAGAUCAGUGACAAGCUGAUGGCGGCGCACUUGCUUAUGACCUUCGCGCUCGGCUUCGAGAUGACUUCGACCACCAUGAGCUUCUGUCUACACGAGUUGGCAAUGAACCCGGACGUGCAGAUCAAGGCGCGAGUCGAGGUGGAUGCAGUACUCAGCCGACAUGGCGGAGAAAUGACGUACGAAGCCUUGCAGGAGAUGCGUUACCUUGACAUGGUGGUAGCAGAAACUCUGCGCCUGUACCCGCCGAUGGCCUACCUGAUGCGGCAGUGUACUGAGCCGUACCAGGUGCCGGGCAGCGAUCUGCGCCUGCGCGUAGGGGACGUGGUGUACGUGCCGCUGCUGUCGCUGCAUCGGGACCCGGCUCUCUUCCCUGAACCGCUGCGCUUCAACCCCGAGCGCUUCAGCGGCGGCCACGCCCACCCAGCCUACCUGCCAUUUGGUGACGGACCACGAACCUGUCUCGGUCAGAAGUUUGGCCUGGUGGAGGUGAAGGCCUGUCUGGUGGCGCUGCUGUCGCGCUUCGAGUUCCGCCGCUGCUCGCGCUCUCUGGACAGCCCAGUGCCGCUGGAACCUCGCAAGAUCAUCCUGGCCGCUGCCAGCGGCCUCUACGUGCGGGUCACCCCCAGGGCCUGGCUGCCUGUCAGCUAGCCCCCUGAAGACGCGCUGUGCGCCGAAACUUCACAGCGGGAGCUCUAACGGGCUCGUCUACUCUUAAGGCAGCAGCCUGAAGUCAUCCCAGGGAUGGGCAGUGGACUGUACGUGCGGAUCCCUCUCUUACCUAGUUACCAGAUUAUGAGCGGCGUUGUAAAAACGUCGCAACUGGGAGCUCCACCACUGUCGCACUAGGAGUAAGAGACCCACCACGUUAGCGCCGCACAUUUAAUCAUGUGAGGAUGCCCAGGGUAUUAUGCUGCGCUACAGUAGGAACUCCAGUUGUGUACUACAGUCUCCAAACAGCACGUUUCCACUGCAGGUGUGCAGACAGGCAGAACUUACCGGUUACUUCCAGGGCCUGACUGCCUGUGGUCUAAUCUGAAGACGUGCUACAUUACAGAAACGUCACCCUGGAAGCUGCAACCGAAUCCUUCUUCUCCAUGCUCAGUGACAUUUGAGUCGUUUAUCGUCAUCUUAGCUCUCGACAGCAGGCUGCAUGAGAGGCGUCGUUUCGAGGCUGUAGCUACCUCUGCUUGAAACAUAGCAUCACCGAAAUGUCACUGCUGGAGUUCCUACAUCAGACACUUUUCUCGAGAUCUAUGAUAUCAAGGGUAUCUUCCUUUGGGUAGCGACAUGAACGUGCAGGUCACUUCCGAAGCCGUGCUACUUCUUGUCUCAAGAUGUGCACUAAUGCACGAACGUCACAAGGGGUAAUGUAUCACGCUUGCAUAUUCGACAGUCCCUUACCGAGUGACGUAAGAGAAGAAGACAGUAUGUUUGAGUCACUUCCCAGGAAUUUUUGCUUCAAAUCUAACCACUUGAGGUCAAUGAGAUGUGUUGAAAUAUCACACUUCUAGCUUCUAUACACUCACGCAGUUCCUUUCAAUAUGCGAAAAAUAAUUCCGGUGGCAACAAGUAGGCUGUACAUUCAGGUCCUUCACAGGGCCUGCCGUCCUUUAAUUUUACCAUGAAAACGCACAGCACUGCAGGGAGGUCCCAUUGGCAGCUCCAACAUAGUCGCACGCUUUUUCUUUAGUACUGUGCCCCUGGUGAUUGACAUAAUCAUUUGACGGCAGCCAGCAAACAUCCAUUUCGUGUCUGUCCGGGGACUGGGUGUUUUUCUUGUGCUCGUCAUUUCAUCGUCAUCAUCAUUAUCAUUAUCAUCAUCAUUAUUUGUGAUAGUGGCUACAAUGGUCUAAGGGCGCCGAUGACGGAGCAGUUGAGCGCCGCACAAAUCAAACAUCAUCAUCAUCACCCAGUUUGUCGCUAUCUUAUGCACAGUUAUCUGAAGAUAUACGGUGUUGCAGAAGCGUCACAGUCUGGACUUCCAUCAUAGUAGUACAUAAUUUUGAGGAUAAUUGUCAUAGCGGCCAGCAGGCAGCACAUACGAGCCAUUACGAGGGUUGUGUAUGUCACAUUUACUCACCUGAAGAUGAGAUGUACGAUGAGACGUCGCCGUGGGAGAUAGGGCAGUCUGCUGGCUACACUGGUCCGCUAGAUCAGAGCAGUAGUGUAACCUUCCAGUAUAAAACUCAUGAAAACUGAUAAAUUUUUACGUAAGCCGCUCUACGCCAUGGACCUGCGAAAACAAUCUGAAUAAACUGAAAAAUUCUUACCUCCUAAUGGUGUCGCCGGAUAACGCCGUCUAUAUAUCUGCUCGUAAAUGGCACAGCUUAGUGCAAGGCUGGCCUAUCUACUAAUACUGGACAACAUUUGACUGAAAUCUGAAUUAUUAGAAAAGCUGACUUUGCUAAUUGACAUAGCUGCACAGCUGGUCGUCUGAUUACAGAACACAUCACUGAUCUGAGAAAAUUUUUGAAAUAUUGAAAUUUAAAUAAAUGACUGGAUCGGGACUGGUAAUGACUUAAGGCAAAAUUAUUCCCUCCAUAUCUGUAGUCUGGUAAACAUUAAAUUCUGAAAAUCCUUUACAGUAUUGAUGAAGAUCUACAACCCAUUAUAUGAAAAAUUCAAUAUUACAAAUCUGGGUCAGCUGGUGCUAACGAAUCACAGAAAAGGUUGAAACAAAGUCAUAUUAACGUAUCAGACAAGUGACUUAAGUACGGGUAUGGCAAUAAAAAUAAUAAAAUUUACCUUACAACACAUGGCUAUGAACUGCGCUGUACCAGCGAUAGACCACAAUUCCACUGUAGCAGCGAACGACUGCAGCAACUGCCGAGAGCCCCCUGACCUGCGACUCUAUUGCAGCAAAGAUAUUUUCUCUCGCAGGCAGCGAGUGAGCAAUACGUCGAAAUUACAAUUGCUCCAGAAGGGUGCUGGACCCCUUACAGUAUCAUCAUGGUAAUACGGCACUGCAUUGCAGAAACUUCUAAAUGGAACCUCCGGGACAGGCGCGUGCUGUUCCAGAACCUUCAUUCCACCAGAGUUACUCAAGAAUGCCGCCUCUCUGUGGCAUGCACGUCGUCCCUCCUUGGGGCACGCUACGUCUCACCUAGUCGCCUGAUUUCGUGCUGUGUCACAGAAACAUCACUGCUGCAGCACAAUUUCAAGGACCAUACCAGUAGCGCGAUCCAUUAGAGGUUCGACAUUUCAUCGUGGCGGAAGCCACAGGCAUGCAACUAGUCAUUUGAAGAUGCGUAGCGGUGCAGAAACGCCAUAGUAAAACCUAUAGCACAGAUUCCUAGUCUUCCGGCAGCGCCACACCACUGAUUCUGACAGCAGCUGAAAGCAGUAUGAGGCUACGAUUCAUGUAGUGACCUGAAGACUUGCAGCGAACCAGAAAAGUCGCAGUGCGAGUUCCAGCAAAAUUAUGCUCUUCUGGCGGUACCACCCGGCUGGAAGCGCUUCGUCACGUCCCUAGCAAUAGCCGGCAGGCACUGGCUUUGUGCAACACCCAGAGCAGUGCAGUCACCAAACCACGCAGCUGAAUAUACUUGGUGUUGCACAGACGUCGCAAUGGAGUUCAUCAUCUGCUCUCCUAAGGGAGACACCUGAGAGGCGAAUACAGUUCAUCGAGUAGGGUAUUAUAUACGUCGCUUAGCUCAGUGAUUUUUGUAAUUAGAACAGCACUUAAAGAACUGAGGAAUGUGACUUGCCUCAUGAACUAAGGCGCUUAGUAACCACGAACACAUGGAAAAGUCAGAAUUAAGAAGAUGCACGUUUUUUAUGCACUACCUUAGAACGUCUUUGCUUGGUAUCAACUGAAGAUUUAUUUCUGCCACUUUUUCUUAGUUCUGAGACCUGUCUGUUUCGGACAGCGUUAAUUUGAAUGAAGAAUGUGAUAUAUUAGUUUGUUUUCUACAAAUCUGUCAGCAGUGCUUGUGUAAGAAUUAGAAAUAAGGAAUAAAAUAAAAGAUUUUCUAUUA